CCCACUCUCUCCCCUGUCCCCCCACACCACCGCGUGGUGCACCACCUCCCGCUCCGCCCUCCAUUGGGGCCGCCGCCGGUGGCCUCCAUCCACGCUGGAGCUGCUCCCGGCCUGGAUCCGGCCACGCACAGGCCCCUCACCCGGAUCUGGUCCCCGGCGCCGCCCCUAACCACCCUGACCCCAGCCUCCCUUGUUCCCCUCGGGCGCAGCCCCAACCCCACCGCCGACCGCCGGCGCAGCCGCCCUAGGACGCGCCGCCAUGCCCCUCGCACUAGCCCACCCCAACUGACUCCGCCCACCUACCGCCGUCGACACGCCAGCGGGUCGGCAACGCCGUCGGAGAUGUCGAUGCCGCUGGACAGGGAGACGCCGCUUCCCCCUGGCGUCGACCACCACGAGGUUGUCCAGCGACAGGCGCGACAACCUCCAGGACGCGGUCGCGCCUCCCCUGUCCUUGAGGUCCAGCGGCGGGAGCUGGAGCGACGGCCUCGGCGCGGCGGGUGGCGUCAUCUCGGGCGACGACGGCAGCGGGACAACAUCAGAACGGCGGCGCCACCGUCCCCUGGCAUGGUGGGCUCGCCCAGCGUCGUCGCACGGCUCAUGGGGCUCGACGCGCUGCCGCACGCCGUCGUAGAAGAGGAGGACGGCCAGUGCCCCCUCACCCAGCUGCCCACGGUUCCAGUCGUCCCUCUGCCGGUCUCCUUCAACCCCGCCGCCGGUCUCCUCCCACGGACCCGCCGUCGGCCUCCUGUGGCGGCCCUGCAGCCGGCCUUCUCCUGUGGUCGCGCAUCGUCUCAUCCCGCAGCCUUGCCGGCAGUCUUCUCCCAUGGCGCUUCUUUCCCUCCAUGCAACUUCCCCUUCUGGCUCUGCCCCUCCUGAUUGCUGCUUGGUACUCAUGUCUGAAGUUCAAGUGUUUACAGGCAUAAGCAGCCAGCUACAAAACACCACUGGGAAUAAUUAUUUGUGUUGAUUUGUGUUAAUGUGUAAUCAGGAGAACAACAAUGAACACAGAAGGAGAACAACAGUGGCAUUUGUCUCUGAACUUUCAUAUCUUUUACUGCACAGAU